AAACAUAGAUCCUCGUUCGCCACAAAACAGAACAACAACCUCAAAAAUCGAAAACUCCUGCAAGAAGUUAAAAUCCCAACAAAAAUGGAGGGAUCCACUUUGUUCCAAUACUCAACCACUUCAGAAUUCUCCCCAGAAUCAUCGUUCGGGUCCAGUUGCUGGGACGAGCUUCUUAAUUACGAUAUAUCCGUUCCUUUCGUCUUCACCGGCGCCGACGAAGUCGAAAUGAACUGGCUGGGUUCAUUCGCCGAUGGACCCAAAGAAUCAUCGGAGUCCAAUUCCACCCACAGCGUCAAAGAAGAAGAGGUCACCUCGGGUGCUACUAAACACGAAGAAACAAACGGUACUAAGAAAGAAAAGAGUUACAGAGGCGUGAGGAAGAGGCCGUGGGGGAAAUACGCGGCCGAGAUUCGAGACUCGACGAGGAAUGGCGUUCGGGUGUGGCUCGGAACAUUCGACAGCGCCGAAGCGGCGGCGAUCGCGUACGACCAAGCGGCAUUCUCAAUGAGAGGGGCAUUGGCUACUCUUAAUUUUCCGGUGGAAGUGGUGAGGCAAUCGCUUCAGGACAUCAAGUAUGGAUGCGAGGAAGGUUGUUCUCCGGUGGUGGCUCUGAAGAAGAGGCACUGCUUGAGAAAGAGGAGGAAGAACAAACAGAAGGAGGUGGCCGGCAAGGCAAGGCAACAACAGAAUUUGGUGGUGUUGGAGGAUUUAGGAGCUGAUUACUUGGAGCAACUGCUUAAUUCAUGUGAGACUAAUUCUCCUUGGUAAAAGAAUUCGGGUUUUUCUCUCUUCUCAAUUGUUCUUGAUGUAAUUAAAUCCUGGAGGUCUGCAACUCUUUGUUGGUGGGUUUGAAGCUGAGAGCUGUUAAAUCUUGUUAAUUAUUUAAUCCUUAUCGGAUUUUGGUUCUUCUUUUCCUUUGUACCAUUUUGUUUGUAAAGUCAAAACUUUGAAAACAAUACAAAUG